AGGGAUUGCGGGGCGAGGCCGGAGGCCGGAAUCAGCAAUGGCUACUACACAAUCAAUUUUCUUAUUUGCACUCUGCAUUUUAAUGAUAACAGAAAUAAUACUGGCCACGGAGAGUUAUUAUGAUAUUCUAGGAGUUCCGAAAAGUGCAUCUGAGCGCCAGAUUAAAAAAGCAUUUCAUAAACUAGCAAUGAAAUAUCAUCCAGACAAAAAUAAAAGCCCUGGAGCAGAAGCAAAAUUCCGAGAAAUUGCAGAAGCAUAUGAAGUUUUAUCUGAUGAAAAUAAACGUAGAGAAUAUGACCAGUUUGGAAAUACAGAUGGACGACGGAUGAAUGGAAACCCCUUUCAGCACUCAUUUAACUUUGACUUUGAUCGCUUCCUUAAAGACUUUGAUUUCUUUGGUGAAAACUCCAAUGCAAAGAAAGAUUUUGAAAAUCAUUUUCAUAGUCAACAGGAGGCUGAGAGCAGACAAAGACAUGCUUUUCCAGAAUUUAAAUUUGGAGGGGGACUGUUUGAUGACAUGUUUGAAGAUAUGGAAAAGAUGUUUUCAUUUAAUGGGUUUGAUAACACACAGCGGCAAACAGUGCAGACUGGAAACAAAUUCCAUGGCUCUAGUAAACACUGCAGAACUGUGACACAGCGCCGAGGAAACAUGGUGACCACAUUCACGGAUUGUUCUGGACAAUAGUUACUUUGCAGUUCCUUUUGAUGUAUGCUGUAAUUUCCUUUUGGCUCUAUUCUUUGCUGCUGAAGCACAGAGGUUCUGCAAACCAUGAAUUUGUAGUUUAAUCACUUUAAGUGCUGAAAAUAUGUUGUAGCUAAACUGAUAAAUAUUACAAGUGCAACAAAACAAGAUGGAAUGACUACCUUAUUCCUUCAGCUGCAUAGAAUGUGCAUGUGGAGAAAAUUUCCAUAUGACAGUGUUAGAUUGUAAUAACAGAAGCAAGGUAACCGAAUUACCUCACUGUUCACUUUAUAUUUUACAUUCAGCGAAGUGUUGUAUACUAGAUAAUAUUGUCAGGCUUCUAUUUCUAGAAGUGUUAACUGGUGAGUGCUGGCGUGAUUCUGUUCUUUAUUAGCACAGAAUUUACUAUGUAAUUCUGUGUUACAUUGACAGUAAUGACUUACAAAUACAGUAAUAUAUUUAAAUACGGUAUAUUUUGAAUGGCAUGAUUUGAUUUAACAAAACUGACAUUUUGUACAGGUUUGUACACAAACAUGUAUUUAAAAUGUGUAUAUAAAUAUACUCCUGAAAACCUUUAACCU